AUGGCGGAUAAUUCGUACAUUUGUGGUCCAAGUCGAGAACUUGAUGGAUCUAUUGUAACGUUUCUGAACGAAGAUGAAGGCUUGGCUUGUACAGCUUGUGAAACGAGAAGACAAAAACCGCCGACAGAGGCAUGUGGAGUACGGACAAAGGGAAAGGGAAGGGACGAAGAACCUCGAAUAGGGUGCUUUCCUAUUCCUCAGCUCUGUUUGGACGACUACACGCUGCGUUAUGCGAAUGCGUUCCCGGAGGAACUCGAAAGGGCUAGGGCGAGGGCCGAGAGUCGUACGUCAUUGCUAGAGAGAGGUUCCAAUGAGCACGGAAGCGAAUCGCGAUUUCAUGGCCUUGAUACCAAUCGACUAAGUAAAAGCAAAUCCAAUCUAGCACAUGAAAACGCUGUAGACAACGAGCAAGCACUUCCAUCCCUUACCUCAACCACUACGACUGCUAUUCCAUUGGUUGAUAAGAAAUCCAAAGGAAAUCAAAUCUCCCCAUUCUUCACGACAACACCAGAUCUGGAUAAAAAGGACUCUGCGUCAGAUUUCCAAGACAUCACCGAUUUUGAUACCCCAUUCAGUACCGCUAUACCCGAGAUGACAAGGAUCAUUAGCGAGCUACACUUCCCAUCUACUACCACAAAAGUUCCCCUGAUCCUUCCUACCUUAAUCCCAUCAGAUCUUGGGACAGCUACUGUCGUAUCUCAAACUCUCCUCACGACGGUACCUCAGGGACUAACGGCUUCGAGAGUCUCAACACAAGUUGAGGAAAAAGAAACUGAGUCUAUACCAGAAGAAGUGGAAGAAGACGUUCGCGAUAAUCUAGCGCACAAACGGCGUGGUCAUCAUUUCUUUGGAACGACCACUGUUCCUACAACAACUACUACUAUUCCCACGACAACUACACCUAAACUCUGUAAAGACAAACAUAAGCUAUGCUGCUUCUGGGCUGUUGCUGGUGAAUGUGAAACAAAUCCUUUCUGGAUGCGAGUACAAUGUGCGAAAACAUGUGGAACAUGUAAUUGUCCUCACAACCACUCCCAAGCCGACGACGACAAGCACGACUACUACCACCACUACUACAACUACGACAACAACAACUACUGA